AUGAAUUGUUGGAUAAUACUAGCAGCAGCUUUUGCUUCAGCCUGGGUCUUUGAUUCGGGCGUGGAGUACUUUUCAUUUGAUAUGAAGCUCAAAUGGUAUUUUCCAUCUGACAACGAGGUUGAAUUUGAACUUUGAAUUCCCAAACGUUAUGAAGCGUCCUUUGGCUGGGCAGGAAUUGCAAUCCAAGAUAUAAGCGAGGCCAGGGAUAAUUUUCACGCGGACUACUUCAUUGGCCUAAUGAGCGAUGGCCUUAUGACUGACCGAUAUGCAGAAAUCAAUGGGUUUUCCCUUGAAGAUGUUGACCAAGGUUGCACUAACGAUAUUGAGUCCUGGAGAAGAUACGAGCCAAAUUCAGUCAUUUUCUGCUGGAAAAGAAAACUUAUUACUGGAGACAAGUGCGACGUUGAACUUGUAAGAGAUAAACCUUAUAUGGUUAAGUGGGCACUUGGACCUGUAAUUGAUGGAGCAAUUGAACAGCACAGCAUGCGACAUAUGGGACUUGAAUAUUUUUCCCUCCCCCCCCCCCUCCGUGAGCGAACAAAAAAAUUUUGUUCACUCACGGAGGGGGGUUAAUUUUUUUUUUUAAAAAACAAUUUAUAUAUAAAUUUUAUAAAAAAUAUUUUUUUCGAAAUUUAAAAAAAAUCCUAAUUUGCAAAAAUUGGGAAGCAAAUACUAAUUUAAUUUGCAAAAUUUAUGUUUUAAAAACGCAAUUUGUUUAAAAUUAAACAGAAUUAGCUCUAGAUUUCAUUAUACUAAUUAUCACUUAUAUAUCAAAAUUUUUUUCUAUUAAAAUUUUUUCUAUUAAAAAUAUUUUUUGUUCACUCACGGAGGGUGGGUUUUUGGUCAAAAAAUGGCGAUUUUUCUAAUGGUUUUGUUCGCUCACGGAGGGGGGGGGGGGGAGUUAGUACUCAGCGAUUUGUAUCUUGAUAAUAACGAAGACGAAAGACAAACUUAUGGGCCUUGGUAUAAUAAGCAUCCUAAUGAUUUGAAGUGGAAAAACCAAUUAGGAUCGCCUUUUGGACCUGAAAAUUUUAGGGUUAGAAACCCUGGCAAUAAUUAA